CAUCAGAAACAACUACAAUUGUAAUUUUUUUACAAUUGUAGGACUACGCGUUAUACAUAUGUAUAACAGACUUGUUAAAACGAGUUUAAGCUGUUUAGGAUUAAAAGUUAUGGGUUGUUUGUUAGUUUGUUCGUUCGUAUAAGCGAUACGGUGAGAAGGCUGAUUUCGGUUAGUAAAAAUGUCGUCUAAACAAAUUAUUUUCGAAAUAAAAAUGCAGUUUUUGACAAAAAUUAAAGAAAACAAGGAAAUUCUAUUUGGUGCUUUCUCAGAUAGACUUAAAAAGCAAGACAAAGUCGAGAAAUGGAAGGAAAUAACCCAAGUAGCCCAAAGUAUAUGCUUAGUUUCAGUAGAGAAGGAUUGGACCUACGUAAGAGAUACUGUCUGGCAGAAUUUGAAGAAAUCUGCAAUGCCUAAAAUAGACAACGCGAAAAAAACAGGGACUUGUGGGAAAGACAUGUUAACGGAAAUAGAUAAGAUGAUUUUGGAUAUUGUUGGAAAGAAAUCUCCAAUUAUUUGUGGACUUGGAGUCUCUGAGUCAUUCGAGGAAAGAGAAAAGUUGUCGAAAGCACGGGUGAAAGUGACGAUAAAAAUGAAAAGCUGAAACUACAAAUUGAACAUAUAAAAUUACAAAACUAUAAA